AAUCUUUAUAUGUUGACAGAUCUGUAUUCACUGAUAAUUAUAAUCUUAAUAUUGAAUCAUUGAUUGAGAACUUGAAGAAUAUGAUAAUGAAGAAAUUAUCUAUAUUAUAUAUAAUCAGAUCUUCUGUGUCUCUCUCUGCUCUCUCUGUUUCUUUCUCUGCUACUUCUUCUCAAUCUUCUACAUCUAUCUCUGUAUCUGAUUCUCCUGCUUCUGCUAUCUCUGUUCUUAUAACUCUCACUCUUACUACUUCUGCUUCUUCUGAUUCUGCUAUCUCUGCUUUCAUUAUCAGCUCUUUCUGUUUCAAGAAGAUAUUGCAUAGACUUAAUAAAUUACAUUUCUCA